GAGAGCCCAUUGGUGCGUCAGGGGACAAGGGCGCAUCAAGUGAUUGGUGAGCCUAGCUCAGGAAUAGUGGCACUUGAGUUCACAACAAGCACAGCACAUCAGAGAGAGAGAGAGCGAGGAGUAGCCUACCGACAUGCUUCACACAGAGCGAGCAGGAUGAUUUUCUAUCACGAAUAUGGAUUUAUUGCGAUCUACUAGGUUUCAUUCACUUGCGUGCGCCUUGGUGAUCUCUGGCGCACUAAUUAUAGGGAUAGAUGGUGCAUCCCCUCUGAAAGCGAGGUCGGCGGCCCCGUUAACGGACCAGUGUUUCCCCAACCCCUGCUACAACCGGGCCAUCUGCCGUAGCCGUGGUGAUGGUUACUCUUGUUUCUGCGUGCCGGGGUUCCAGGGUGAGCGCUGCCAGAUUGAGGUGAACGAGUGUGUGUCGCAGCCCUGCAGGAACCAAGCCACCUGCGUAGACAGGGUGGGCAGGUAUGCCUGCCUCUGCAGCCCGGGGUUCACAGGUGCCACCUGUGAGGUCCAGAUUAACGAGUGUCAAUCACAGCCCUGCCUCAAUGGCGGGAGUUGUCAUGACUACGUCAACGGCUUCUCAUGCACCUGCAUGCCCGGUUUCCAGGGCGACCGCUGUGAAAUCGACGUUGAUGAGUGCCAACACCAGCUAUGCCAAAACGGGGCCCUGUGUAUUGAUAGGUUGAAUGGGUACAGCUGUGACUGCUCUCAGACCACUUUCACUGGGCGACACUGUGAAACUGCUGCUCCUCCAUGCACGUCCCAGCCCUGCCUCAACAGCGCCAUCUGUGUGGAGGACGAGGGGAACUACACCUGUGACUGCUGGCCAGGGUUCAAGGGUCGUCAGUGUGAGGUGGAUGUGAGUGAGUGCAGCAGCAGCCCCUGUCUGUACAGGGGACGCUGUAUAGAGCUGUCCUGGCAGAGCCUGUAUGGUUCAGAGCCUCUGCUUCCAGACCACUACGACCCACAGCAAGCUGCAGGCUUCAAAUGCAGCUGCCCACCAGGAACCACAGGUACUCUUUGUGAGGAGGUAGUGGACGCGUGCGACCCCAGCCCUUGUGAGAACGGGGGUGAGUGUGAGAGCCUUGUGGGGGGCUAUGUGUGCCACUGCUCUCUGCAGAACCAAGAUGAGUUCCUGUACGGGGGACAGAACUGUAGCGAGGCUAUGGUGGGCUGUGAGGGCCAUGAGUGUCAGAACCAGGGCUUGUGUUCUCCCUUCCUGAGCGAUGGCCAUCAUGGCUACUCCUGCCUCUGCCCCCCGGGCCUCACCGGGCCUCUCUGCCAGACGCCCACAGCUUUCUCCUUCGAGCAGAAAGGCUAUUUGCUGUUGCAGAGCCCACUGGUGGCCGCGGAGGCCUCAUGCAACAUCACCCUGAGCUUCCGGACAGUGCUGCCCAGGGCCGUGCUCUUCCAGCGGGGCAGUGGAGGGCUGGUCCUGGGUCUGGAGCUACUGGGGGGCCAGCUGACACUCAGCCUGAGGAGGGAGGCCUUGGCUGGGGGUGGGGAAGAGGGAGAGGCCCUGCAGCUUAGGCAGACCCUGGAGCUCCCCCUUAACGUGACUGAUGGGGAGUGGCACUCUGUGAAGGCCGUGCUGGAGAAUGGCCUGCUCAGCCUCAGGCUCCUGGAUGGUGGGGUCUGUCAGGAGCAGGACUGUGAGAGCGAAGCCUGGGUUGAUGGCACCCUGGCUGGGGCGGACUUUCCAGAGUCUCCCCUCCAAAACACUUUCAUCGGCGGGGUGGUGGAGGCAGGCGGCGCCCUGGUCCCAGUCCCGGCCUUCAUUGGCUGUCUGCGGGAUGUGUUUGUGGACUCCCAGCUGGUGGUUCCGGAGGAGUGGCUCAGCGACUCGGCAGUGAACGUGACUGCAGGCUGCAGCCACAGGGACCGAUGCCAGGACAGCCCAUGUGAGAACAGAGGACAGUGCAUCAACCUGUGGCAGAGCUACCAGUGCCGGUGCACCCGGCCAUACGAAGGUCACGACUGUGCUGAGGAGUACGUAACGGCUCGCUUCGGCAAUGAGGACUCUCAGAGCUAUGCCGUCUUCACCAUCACAGACGACCCAGGAAGUGACAUCACUGUCUCCCUCUUCCUGCGCACACGGCGCCAUGCUGGCCUCUUAUUGGUGCUCGUCAACAGCACCAGCCAAUACCUGCGCCUGUGGCUGGACAAGGGACGGGUCAGAGUUCAGCUCCAUAACUUUGAAACCUUGACCAGUGAGAGUGCGGUCAACGACGGAGACAUCCAUUUUGUGAGCAUGGUGGUUGACCGUGAGCAUAUGGUCCUGUAUGUAGACAACCAGAAGCAGGGCUCGGUGGAGGUCAGGACGGUGGACAGUCAACUGGGAGAUGUCGUGUAUGUUGGGGGUCUGACGGAGCAGAAGGCAUCAGCAGCGUUUGGGGGCUACUUUAAAGGCUGUAUACAGGACCUGAGGAUCAACGGAGAGAGACUGCAAUUCUUCAGGCUGGACACCCCAGUGACGUCAUAUCCUGUCGAGCUCAUGGCUAACGUCACAGCGGGCUGCACUGGGGAUGACUCCUGUAGUAGGAACCCGUGUCAGAACGGAGGGAUGUGCUACUCCAUGUGGGACGACUUCACUUGCACCUGCCCCCCCAACACUGCAGGGCGACGCUGUGAGGAGGUCAAGUGGUGUGAGCUGUCACCCUGCCCCGCACGGGCAGAGUGUCACAUCCUCAGCCAGGGAUACGAAUGCUUUUCCAACGCCACUUUCCUUGAUGACAGCAGUGUGCUGUCUUAUCGCGGUAACGGCCGUAUCCAACGCAGCCUGCCCAGCAUCUCCCUCAGCAUACGCACCCGUAAACGCCACGCCGCCAUCUUACACGCUGAGAGUGGGCCGGAGUUUGUGACGGUGUCUGUGCAGGAUGGCCUUCUCUUCCUUGAGCUCCAGAGCGGGGUGGGGGAGGGCUCCUCCACAGUGUCCCUCAGCAGCCGGAGGAGGGUCAGCGACGGCGAGUGGCACAGCGUCCACCUCUUCAUGGUCACCCCCUGGGCAGAGGCAUCCCGCUGGACCAUGGUGCUGGAUGAGGAGGCGGAGGAGGCAGGGACCUCCAGCAGCGAAGGGGGCAACCUGGACUUCCUCAGGGAGGAGGUGGACAUCCUUCUGGGGGGGCUGGGGCCCGAGGCUGGCUGGAGCCUAGUGGGGUGCCUGGGCACCGUGGAGGUGGGGGGCAUCGCCCUGCCUUACUAUAGCCCUUCAGAGGUCAACCUUCCCCGGACUCAGGAGGAGCAGUUCCUGCGGACAUCCCCCAGCCCGCCGAGGGGCGGGUGCAGUGGAGGCCCGGUGUGCCAGCCCAGCCCAUGUGUGAACAGAGGCAGCUGCCAGGACCUCUGGAACCUGUUCAACUGUAGCUGUGACGAGGGCUGGGCCGGACGCCGUUGUGAGCUCAACACAGACACCUGCGCCUCCAACCCCUGUAUCCAUGGCAACUGUAGCGUUCAGGGGCUGGCAUACAAGUGUUCCUGUGAGUUUGGCUACACUGGUAUGAACUGUGAGGAGGAGGUGGAUGUGUGUGAGAACCAUCUAUGUGCUCAUGGAGGGACGUGUCUACAUGGAGUGAACAAGUAUGCCUGUCUGUGUGCUGAGAACUACACCGGACCUUACUGCAAUGAUCAUGUUGAGGAAAUUCCAUGGUACAUAGUAGUCAACAGGAAUGUUCGGCCCAAGCUGCCAGUGUCUGUCUGUGGAGAUGAAACCAGAAACUACACCUGCUUCAACGCAGGGAACUGCACCGAGAGAGAGCUGUCCUGUGACUGUCUACCCGGCUUCACAGGGCACCGCUGUGAGCAGGAGGUGGAUGAGUGCAAGUCCAACCCCUGUCUGAACGGGGGCUACUGCCGAAACCUCAUCAACAAGUACCACUGUGUGUGUGACAUGAGUUUCGCCGGGGACAAUUGCCAGAUCGACUUGACCUCUGAAGGGCUGACCGCUGACCUGUUGCUGUCGGUCAGUCUGGUGUCAGUGGUGCUGCUACUGGCCCUGGUCAGUACCUCUGUGGGCCUGGUGGUGGCUCUGAAUCGUAGGGCCACCCACGGUAACUACAGCCCCAGCCGACAGGAGAAGGAGGGAUCCCGCGUAGAGAUGUGGAACAUAGCCCAGCCGCCGCCCGUGGAGAGACUCAUAUAAAACAUGGCCCAGUUCCAAACCCACCACUCAGCACUCACCACUGUCCCAACACUGUUCCAUGGAGACAUACUGAGACACACUCACUGGCCUGGGCCCAGUUCCAAACCCACCACUCACCACCGACCCAACACUGUUCCAUGGAGAGAUAUUGAGGCACACUAUACUGGCCUGGGCCCAGUUCUAAAACCACCACGCAGCACUCACCACUGUCCCAACACAGGCUGAAUCUCAAACCGAACACUUGGCCCUUGAGCCCUUUAUCGAGUGAUCCAGCCACACUGACUGUCCUGGGCCCAGUUCCAAACCCACUACUCAACACGAUGGAGAGACUCAUAGAGGAGACUUUAUCCCAAUAUCAUCGCUGGGGUAAUAUAAUACUAUAUGCCAUUUAGCAGCGACUUUUAUCCACGUUUUACGUAUGUGUGGUCCCAGGAACCGAACCCACUAUCCUGGUGUUGCAAGCACCAUGCUUCACCAACUGAGAUACAGAGGUCCUUCCUGACCUGAUCUUAAAGCCUGGUCUCAUAGACUAGAUGUAACAUAGUAAAGGUAAAUCCAGAAUUCUCAAAUGAGUAUGAUGUGUUACAUUUUGUAUGGUUACAUAAGACAUAAGGCAAAAACGAAAGUACGGUGGUUGGUCUGGGUGGAUGUAUAACGCCAAUGUCUAGCAACCCAAAUGUUGUGUGUUUGAAUCAUGACGGGCAGAUUUAUAAUUUUAGCCACUACUUACUACUUUUUUAGCUACUUUGCAACUGCUUAGCAUGUUAGCUAACCCUUCCCCUAACCCAUUAACCUAACUCCUAACCUUAACUCCUAUCCCGUAGCCUAACUAACCUCGCUAAUGUUAGCAUUUAGCCACUUAGCUAACGUUAGCCACAACUAAUUGGAAUUCGUAACAUAUCAUGCGUUCUCAAAAUCGUAACAUAUUGUACGAAAUGUAUGAUGGACAUCCAUAAAUCAAUACAUACCAUACGAAACGUAACAUAAUCGUACUAAUUGGAGAAUUCGGGAUUUACUAUGUUACGUUUAUCCCUGAGUCCAGGUUGGAUCUUAUCAAGGAACACUUCACUUGGGAUUUCUAUUGUUUCUUCUGAACUGCUUGCAACCCGUAAUUUUGCCUCAGCCGCAAAUACAAAUAAUGCACCUUUAAUUUGGUCAUCAAAAAACUUGAAUGUUGUAGUGAAAUGGGAGAUCCAAAGGACCACUCUGCACUAGAUGAGGAUAUGAAUAGAUAGACAAAGAAGGCUUCCAGUCUUGCCACUAGAUAUAGAAGUAUUCUGCUUUACUUAAACAUAUAAGAACACAGUGGUCUGAAAAGAGGGGAUGACCAGGGAUGUUCUCUGUUUAGUAAGUCCUCCAGAUCAGAGGCAGUAGGGAUGACCAGGGAUGUUCUCUGUUU